AUGGUCAAGGGUGCUCCAUUAGACAAGCAGUGCCCCAACGCGGCGCUCCACCAGCGAGGGGCACCUCAGAACUAUCACCCGAUCAAGCAUGCCGACUUCCUUCGACUUCUCUGCGAUCAGCUGAAGACGUCGCUGGACGACGGUGUCACAAAGCUGGGGCUAGAAGGCUCACAAGGCGUGCUGUUCCAGGUCACCCUGCUAGCAUACGGGUAUACCUUCGUAAGCAAGGGCACUGUGGCGGCGUUCAUACCAAACCUGGAACACGAAGCGGCUGUUUACAAGCACCUUGAGCAAAUGCAGGGGACUGCAGUGCCUAUAUUUCUAGGGGACGUGGAUCUCCGUAACAUGGGCAAGGUGUAUUAUGAUGAUCUUCGGGUCUAUAUUGAGUAUAUGUUGUUCCUAUCGUGGGGCGGCAACACAAUCGACUCAUCUGCCAGUGUGGGCAAAGUGCUGGGUUGUCUACGCUCAAUACACGAGAAGGGUGUGGUUCACGGGGAUGUGCGGCGGGCGAAUGUGUUGUUUGAUCCCAGAACGGGCCGAGUGAUGGUAGUUGAUUUCGAGCGGGCAUCGAUUGUGAAGCCGGCGCGAAGCCCGCUUGGUCAGGUAGUACCGAACAAGCGGCCAUGGGACCACGGCAGAAACAUGGAGAAGAACAUGGGACGUCCACAUUCCAGUCUAGUGGGGUUUCAGGACGAUAUUCUGGCAGUGAAUGCAGCGUUUUCACAAUGA